GGGUGUGUGUUCGUUGAUCCGGUGUGCUUUUGCCUGUAUCUACCUACCACACUGUACGGCUUUCUCUAUGCCGUGCCAGCGCGAGUGGCUGAUUGGCCACGGUUUGCGUUUAUCUCACGCAAUCUCUAUCUCAAUAAUGUACUGAAGCGCAAUUUCUGGUGGUAUCAGCACGUUGUGUGGGAAGAUGAGUUACCUGCAAAUAUGAGUGUGUGCCUGUCGGAGGACGAUGAUAUAGUCAACAUAAAGGAAGUAGAACGAUGGUUACGCAAGUACAACACCCCCUCUGACCGUGUGCAGGUGCUCAGCGGUACACACGCCAGUUGGCUUGCCAGCCCCACCAGGACGGCGAAGAUAGUUGAUACUAUCAACACAGCGAUAAGACGGGUGGGGGUCACGGAUGCGAGUGACAGUGAGUGGGACGUGCCAGACAUAGCAACCGUCCAGGUAGUUCCAGCAGCGAACAUGAUCCUCAGCGAGGAACCCAAAUAUGGCAUUUUACCUACCAAACGCAAAGAGCGUUCGCCGGUCGACUUUCUCCCGCCAGCCCCGCGCAGGCGACCGUGUGUGAGUGUGAAUGUGUAGCUAUUUAUAGUUGAGCAAGCUGCAGCUUUAUUCUGGAAGAGUAUUCGGAACUAUACCUACCAGACUAUCACAUGUGAGCGUGACUUGGUAGAUAUAUACUUGAGGAAACAGUAGCUUCACAUACUUGAGGAAAGUCCGGAACCAUAUCUACCAGGCGCAUGGGAGACAUAUUUCAGCGAUAGAGCGCAAGGUGUAGCUAUACCCUUGAGAAAAAAAUGGUUUUAGGGUUUUAGGGUUGUGGCACCGAACACACCCAAACAGCGGUACAACUCUAUACCUACAGACGACACAUUUAUAAAUGACGAGCGAGUAUCAAAUCAGCCCUAUACUGAUAGAUAACCCAGGUGCUCAUACACAAGGUAACCUUAAGGUAACCUACCCGAACAACACGCGCUUGGAGCACGCAUAGGGCCGUCUAUUUAUAGCACAGCUCCGUGUGUUUACCUACCGCGGGGGACCUUGGCCUGAUAGCUACAUAGGGAGUAUCGCAACUACCAAGGCCUGAUUGAGUAGGUACACUCCGGUGGGCCUGAAGAGUUGUGUGGUAGAGUGCAGGAUGAAACGCUAUUUAUAGACAGAGCAAUCUAUGGCAAACUCAAGAGUCACAGCCUCGGUCGACUUGCCGAGGAGUGUAGACGCUUACUAUACAGUAAAGAAUUUCUGACUUAAAGACAGAAUUGUAAAUUGAGUUUAUACAUCUACAUCGACAUAAUAAAUAAAUAAAAAUGACUUAUG